UUUCCCUGCCCGUUGCACAUGAUUAGAGAAACAAGAUGGGAUUUUUAUGACUGACAAAAGGUGCACGACUGAGAAGAACUAUUUAUCACUGUAAAUAUUCAAAAAUUACCAGCGUGAUUUAAAGAUGUCUAACACCAGCACACUCGCUGUCACCUGCAACAAGAGUGAUGACUUCAAGUACCCUCUGUACAGCACGGUUUUCAGUCUGGUGUUUAUUUUCGGACUUUUCUUCAACUUGUUGGCUGUGUACAUUUUUAGCUGCACGCUGAAGCUGCGGAACGAGACCACCACAUACAUGAUGAACCUUGUUGUUUCAGACUCUCUGUUUGUCCUCAGCCUGCCUUUUCGGAUUGUUUACUUCAUUAAACGUGAAUGGAUGUUUGGGAGUGAGCUCUGCAAGAUCUCUGUGGCCCUGUUCUACACCAACAUGUACGGCAGCAUCCUCUUCCUGACCUGCAUCAGCAUUGACCGUUUCUUGGCCAUUGUGCACCCGUUUCGGUCCCAGGCCAUUCGUACUAAGAGGAAUGCCAAACUGGCCUGCUGCACAGUGUGGGUGAUGGUUCUUUCUGGAAGUAUACCCACGGGGUUCCUCUUGGACACCACUUCACCCAGUCCCAACCACACACAGUACUGCUUUGAAAACUACUCUAAAAAACAGUGGAAGUCUGAGCUGUCCAAGGUGGUGGUGUUUAUUGAGACUGUGGGCUUUAUCAUCCCAAUGCUGCUAAAUGUCUUCUGCUCGGUCAUGGUGUUGCGGACACUGAAGAAUCCCAAAACCAUCAGCCGUGGAAGCAACCUCAACAAGGCUAAAAUCUUGAGGAUGAUCAUUGUGCAUCUGCUCAUUUUCUGUUUCUGUUUCAUCCCCUACAACGUCAAUCUCAUUUUCUAUGCUCUGGUCCGUUCAAAUGUCCUAAAGGGAUGCGACGCAGAACACGUGGUGAGAACCAUCUACCCCAUCGCUCUGUGCAUAGCAGUGACCAACUGUUGCUUUGAUCCAGUCAUUUACUACUUCACCUCAGAGACCAUUCAGAGCUCCAUUAAACGCAAGUCCACAGUGUGGAACAAGGGAGUUAAGAUUUUGGACCGACUACACACAAAUAGCACGCAAGGCAGUCCAACUGUAACACCCAAAACCAUAAACAUGAGGACUAUGAGAGCCAAAAUCCUUGACAACGAGUCCACAGUCUAA